CUCUCUCUCUCUCUCUGUGCAUUGUUUAGUGUACUAUUAUGACUCAACUUUAGCUCCUAUAUUAUCUGCAUCCUAUAUACCCAUAUAAUCAUUGAUCAACAAUUCAGUUUUGCAAAACCUUCUUUUGAGUCUUCGAGCUCGGAAAAUCGAUGCUAUGUAUUCGAAUUUGAGACCACCACUUUGAUAUGUAUAAAACCCUUGGCAAACAUCGGCUCAUAUAUCGUGCUCGCAUUUCAAACUACGUCAAAACUGGUCUCAUUGAUCAAGCCAUCCAAACGUUCGACGAAAUGACUCAGUCAGAUUGCAGAGUAUUCAGUAUCGACUACAAUCGAUUCAUUGGUGUAUUAGUUCGUCACUCGCGCUUCGAUUUAGCUGAACACUAUUACAAUGAGAUGAUCUCACAUGGGUUUUCUUUAACUUCAUUCACAUAUUCAAGAUUCAUUUCUGGGUUGUGUCAAGUUAGGAAUUUAGAACUCAUUCACAAACUUCUAGAUGGCAUGGGUAAAAUUGGGGCUGUCCCCGAUAUUUGGGCUUACAAUAUAUAUUUGGAUCUUUUGUGCUCUGAGAAUUUAGUGGAUAAGGCUUUAGAGGUGUUGCAGAUUAUGGUUGAGAAGGGGAGAGAGCCUGAUGCGGUGAGCUACACUAUAGUCAUUAGUGGGUUGUGUAGAGUCAGACGUUAUGAUACCGCAGUUGAACUUUGGCAUUGUAUGAUUCAGAAAGGUUUUAUCCCGGAUAGCAAGGCCUGUAGGGCACUUGUUUUGGGUUUGUGUGAUGGUGGUAAAGUGGAAUUAGCUUAUGAGCUUACUGUGGGUGCAAUGAAGGGUCAAGUUAAGUUUAGCACAGAAAUUUAUAAUGCACUUAUUCAUGGGUUUUGUCAAGCUGGUCGGGUUGACAAAGCUCAAGCGAUGAAGAUGUUUAUGAGUAGGAAUGGGUGUGAACCUGAUUUAGUUACAUACAAUGUGUUGUUGAAUUAUUGUUGCAAUGAGCUUAUGUUUGAGGAGGCAGAGAAGUUGAUGGAGAAAAUGGUGAGGAGUGGAAUGGAACCUGAUGGGUAUAGCCACAACCAACUUCUUAAAGGCCUUUGCAAAGCCAAGAGAUUGGGUAAGGCUUACCUGUUGAUGGUGAACAAGAUGGAGGCAAAAGGGUUGGUUGACAUAGUAUCAUAUAACACAAUUAUUAAUGCACUUUGUAAGGCCGGCCGAACCAAAAGAGCUUAUAAGGUGUUUGAGGAGAUGGGCCAGAAGGGAAUUGCUCCAGAUGUGGUGACAUUUACAAUACUUAUAGAAGCUUUUCUGAAAGAAGGCAAUUCAAAUUUGGCAAAGACGCUUCUCGACCAGAUGACAGGGAUGGGUCUAUUACCAGAUCGAGUGCUUUAUACUACAAUUGUUGAUCACCUGUGUAAGACUGGGAGAAUAGAGAUGGCUUACAGCAUUUUCUGCGAUAUGGUAGAACAGGGAAUCAACCCUGAUGUAAUUUCAUACAAUGCACUUAUAAAUGGAUUCUGCAAGACUUCUCAAAUAAGUGAAGCCAUGCUUCUGUACGAGGAGAUGCAAACAAAAGGAUGCCAUCCUGAUGAGGUGACUUUCAAAUUAAUCGUUGGAGGCCUUGUACAAGAAAAAAAGCUUUUGAUGGCUUGUAAUGUUUGGGAUCAGAUGAUGGAAAAGGGCUUUACACUUGACAGAGAUGUUUCUGAGAUUCUUAUCAAAGCUAUCCACUUAAAAGAUGCCUCUUGCAUGGACAUCAGAAAUGGUUGAGAUUAUGGUAUUAGUCUUGGUGCUUCUCUAUAUACUGCAACAAAUUCUGAUCAGAAAGUCGUGAAGGAUUGGAAUGCAUCUUUUCAAGCCCAUCUAGUAGCAGCUUAUUUUGUCCCUCCUGCAAAUUGCAGAAAGCAGUCAAUCAGGUAUGCGUUAAGGCCUCUCUACUUGUCUCAGGCAUAUCCUCAACUCUAGCUGCUGUUGUUGAGAAUGGGUGUGCAAAGAGAACAACUUUUGAUCAAUCCAAGCGUAAAUCCAGUUGCAGCGGGAGGGAAGAAAAAAAAUGAAGUUGCACACAGAUGUGCUAAACACCACAAAAGAUUAUUCUUAAAAUUUGAUACAGAAGAAAGGGAACGGAAAUGAAGCAGAGAUCCUUACUGCAACCUACAUAGCUGUUGUAUUUGGUGGACAUCAUCAUUGAAGACAGUUUCAUAUCCCAAAAGAUUUGAAGAGUGAAUUUUUAUAUGCAAUAAUGGAGGUAUAAUCUCCUAGAUGAACCCCCACAAUAGUUCUGUACGAUGACACACAGAAAUUCACUUCCUAAGGAAAUUCUUGAUCAGAGUCUCAACUAGUCCAUGGGUGACUUAAGAAGUGCUAAAGCUUCAAAUGAUUGUUGACCCUGAUUUGCACAUUAGAUCAUUGUAUUUGUACCUUUUUUUUUUUUUUUUUUUUAAAAAAAAAAAAAAAAACUGUGAAGCCGUUGAGUUAAGAAGCGCUCUCCUUCCCCGAAGUAGGAAAAUUUAGAUUUAUUUUGUAUUACAUGUUUCCAUAAAGUGAUGAGCUGAUUUUUGUAUUCAAUAAUAGUUGAGGGGUAAAA